AGACGGCAGUGAACGGAAUGCUGUCCUCGCGGUAGCCAGCAAGGACGCAAGGCGUCGCCUAGACAUGCCGCUCUUCAUAAGCUUCCAUCUUGCUCUCUGCUGAGUGUAGCUCCAUCUGUCUAGAUCUUACUUCUUGUUUCUUGCCAUGCCUCCUUUAUGCAAAGGCUUUGAUCCAUUAGAAAGUGGAAGAACAGAACGAUAAUGACAAUUUGAUGUGCAUGAAAAUUGUGGGAUUUAUGAUGCAUGUUUCGGGAGUUAUCAUGUAUCCGGGUUGAUUAUCGCACCUCGUUGUUUCUUUCAUAACAUUUCUUUCAAAAAAUUUAAAGAAAUGACUCCUGUUGUUUUGCAAUUUAAUUUGUCUACUCAGGUCAAGUCUCCAAUUGGUAUGUCGACUUCCCAGCAACCUUAUUUUGCAUGUGUCAGAAACACGCUGAAUGCAGCAAUGUGUUUACAAAGCUUUGGAUGCCAGGAUGUUGAACGGCAUAACAAACCAGAAAUCGAGGUAGGAAGGUCUCCGGAGCUAAUUUUGAACCCAAUUGUGAUCUCAAGAACUGAAAACGAAAAAGUCAUGAUUGAAACUUCAGUAAAUUCCAUGAGAAUUAGUAUCAAGAUCAAGCAGGCAGACGCUUUGGAGGAAAUGUUAGUGGCAAAAUUCAUGAGAUUCUUGAUGAGACGUGCAGAACAGUUCGCUGUGUUACGUCGGAAACCAGUUGAAGGUUAUGAUAUCAGCUUUCUUAUCACCAAUAAGCAUUUGGAAGGAAUGAUGAAGCACAAGGUAAUCGAUUUCAUUAUCCAGUUCAUGGAGGAUAUCGACAAGGAAGUCAGUGCCAUGAAACUUAAUGUAAACUCUCGUGGCAGGGUUGUCGCAUCGAAAUUUUUGGAACAGUUUUGAUGUAAAUUGCUGUGUUGUAGUUCACAUUCGAAAUCAUAUAAAUGUGAA